UGCGUCACCUGGCGAUGGCGGGCAGAGGAGGGCGGAAAUGAUUUGAGAUUGGCACUCCCACCUCCUCCUCCCCAAUGCCCUGAGGCCGGUAAAGCCGGCUUCCCGCUCGGAGCCUCGUGACCCGAGAAGGGGGAGGUGCUGACCCUUGACCCCUGACCUCAGGGUCAUGCUGAUCCUGGAGAUCGAGCAUUUUUCUCGAGCUCGAUGGCCUCUCGGCCCCCCGGGCGGCCAGCCUGGCCGGGAGCUGACCUCGGUCCGCCGGCGGAGGGGUGGGCGGCGCGGUUGGGGGCCGGGCUGGAGCCCCCCGCCUUGCUCCUGCUGCAGCUGCUGCAGUCCGGACCCGGAGGGGUACUGGGGGCGCUCAGGGCCCUGCAGAGGCUCCGGGCUGGGGGCUCCGAGCGGCCCUUCUGCUGGGGCCCCUUCCUGGAGGCGCUGAGCCGAGAGGAGCCGGUGCUCGAGGGGCUCGACCGCCGCCUGGAGUUAAAGCCGCUGCUGCUGCAGUUGCCCCAGCUGUGCCAAAGGAACCUCUUGUCCUUACUGUUAGCCGUACGUACUGAGCUUCCUAAGAGCGGACUCCUCCUUCUACUCCAAGCAGCCAAGCGUGACCCUACCCAGGAUGGCUGGCUUUGGGCCCUGGGGGAAUUGCUUCAGAGGGAACUAACUACAGAUGAGGUGAUCAAGGAGGCCUCCCCGCUGACACAAGGGUGCCGGGAACGGCUCCAGAGCCUUUGUGGACAUGUAGGCAGAGGAUUGAGGCCAGGCUAUCCUCUGGACCUCAGGGAGACUGAGGACGUGGGUACUCAGUGUCCUGGCAAAUGCAGGAAGGAGCCGAAAGCGGAGCCUGAGGGCUCUGAGAGAGAAGCACUCCCUAACAGACUUCGAUCCCUGGAAGGGAAAGGAGAGAAAGAAGAGGAGUGGCAGUGGCAGCAGCAGCAGCUCCAGGAGAGCACCACAGAUGAACGGGAACCACCGAUGUAUGGGGGCCAAGCUUUUCCCCAAAGAACUGAGGGCAGCCCUGACCAGCCCAUUCUGGAAGCAGCCAGCAGCAGGGCGAAUGAUGGACUGCAGGAGAAGCCGGCUGAGGUUCUGGAGUUACCUAGAGCCCUCAAGGACCAGGUACCCCGAAUGCUAGAGCUGCUGGAAAAUGAAUGGGAGGGCCUAGAGGGAACACCACCCCUCGAGCUGCAGUUUCUCCACGAGUGCAGCCCCAGCCAGCUGGAGAACCUUUGUGCACAGCUGCGGCUCUCCCGGCUCUCAGACACAGCCCUCCUGCAGUUCUGCAACCGGCUCCUGGCACUCUCCCCGGACCUCAGCUGUAGCAAUGCCACCGUACUUGUGAGGACCCUUUUUCUUGAGCAGGUUCUUUCCCUGACAACUUCAGCCUCUCGUCUGUUGAGAGCUGCCGUAACUGCAUUUGGUGCCAGGUAUCCUCGCCCUGUCUGCAGAGGCCUCGUGAUUCCAGCAUUACAGGCCACGGGCUCAGGCCCCACACAGACAGAGCUUCUUUGUUGCCUGCUGGAGGGGGAUGCUAUAGAUUUCGACUUGCUGGUGCUGGUGUUAAAACAGAUCUUGGAGUUGCCCUGGAGAGAGGAGACCUUCACAGUGAUGCAGUCCCUUCUAGGGCGGCAGGUGGGCCUGUCCCCAGAGAACUUCAGUGUCUUGGUGCAGAAGCUGUCUCGCGAAGGCCUGGCCGCUGCUGAUUCUGUGGGCUAUGCCAAGCUGCUCCUGACGGUUGUGACAAAGUGCCAAGAUCAGAUCACAGAGGCCCACAAAGUCUGUCUCGCUUCUGCAAUUGAGUUGAACGCUACCUUCCUGAGAAAACCUCUGCAGGCUGCCCUAAGACGUUUGACCUCUUGAGGUACCUCCCCCGCUAGUUUUCUGAAGAACAUCUACCUCAGCCUUAACCUGCCUGCGCUGCCAGCUCUUCAGAAGAGAAAGAACAGUCAGACAAGUUUGACUGCUCAUCCCAGUGGCUACUCCGGAAUGCUGAGAGGUCAGCUCUGACCCUUUUCUCCUGCGGCACAAAUGAUGGGUCCGGGAGGGUGGAGAAGGGAGAAAUGGAAACGAGUUAGAGACUAACUUGGGCGGGGUGUGGAGGGGUGCUCUUACCAACUUAGGCCAGUUAGAGUUGCUUCAGCCAAAUCUGAACUGAACACGUGGCUACCCGAGAUGUCUGCCACCCACUGUUCCCUGGCUGUCAGUUGUGCUGAAGCCUUGGGGAAGUGGACCCAAACAGAGGCUCAGGGUUGUUGGGUUUAAAAAAAUUAUUUAAUUUCUAGACUUUAUUGAUUUAUCUUUUUUAAACAUCACCUACAUUUCCCCGUGUAUGCCUCUUUUCUACCCCUCCCUGAGAGACAUGCCUCUUAACAUAGAAUGACAAAGAGGAAAAGCAACCAGUUCAGCAAAACUGACCGACACAUCCAGUCCAACAUUACCUGUGGUUUUCCACACCCAUAGCACCCUAUUUCUACAAAGAAGAGAGGGAGAUUCAUUUCUCAUCUCUUCUUUGGAGGCAGGCUUGGUCAUUUUCAUUUUAUGCAUUCAAUUUCUGUGGUUUUGUUGUUUCUAUUUCCAUCUACAUUGUUGUAGUCAUUUUAUGUGUUUUCUUGUUUCUGCUUAACUUCACUCUGCAUCAGUUCAUGUCACUCUUUCC